AUGGGGGGCAUACUGCCGCCCGAUUUACUUGACCUGCUUCGACAGCAUUGUCCGUGCCGCGAAACACAAAUUUUGCAACUGGCAACCUACUACAACAAUGUCUGUCCCAGUCCGUCAGUCCUCGUCACAUACGGCCUCGAGCAGUCAAGCAAACGAGAAGUGAUCGCCAACGUUCUGCGAGCACGAGAAGUCACCCACGCCGUCAUUAAAACUAAGGAGUGCCUCUCACAGAGGCAUCUUCUCUCCAAGAUCUUUGCAGCAUGCAUAAUCACGCUUGGAUAUGAAGGACAAAUUGAUCGAUACGAGAAGGUGGACAGUAUUAAUGCGCUUCUGGGCAACCUGCGCAAAUUGUUUGAAAGAGUCAAUGGAAGGAAAUUCGUGGUUGUGAUUGAAGAUGCGGACGAGUUGAAGCAGCCUGGGCCAACCCUGCUCCCUGCUCUGGCACGGCUGGGAGAUAUGGUACCUGGAUUCGCCGUUGUAUUGACUGUUAACUCACCCCGGCCACUUAUGCUGCACAAGGCCGGUGUACCAUAUGUGCACUUCCCACCAUACACCAGAUCCGAAGCCAUUUCCAUCAUUACCUCUCGGCUGAAGCCACAUCUUUCCCUUUCACUGCGACAUAAUCACGCUGUCGAGAUUGAUGAGACGGCAGUAUUGAAGCUUUAUCCUCAGUUUGUCACGACGGUAUACGACUCUUUAAUAGCAAGCACGUCCUCAACGUCGAUCCUGGCUUUCCAGUCGACGUGCGACAAACUAUGGCCACGGUUCAUCGAGCCAAUCGUCUCGCCCAAAGAGGCAACGGCCAACGCGAAACCAUGGACCUUCUCUCGACUCCUAGUCCACCAUCGCGGGCUAUUCCAGUCGGAAGGCGAAGAGACAUUACACCACACAUUGACGAGGAUAUCGCAACGUGACGGUCGUGAAGAUGGCUCCUUGUCACCUCCACCGAAUCCCUCCACCCGUGACCCGCCCCUCCUGAAGCAUUUCCCGACGCUCGUUCUUGUUUCCGCCUACCUCGCAAGCCACACUCAACAAAAGCACGACAUGCUGCUCUUCUCGCGUAUGAGCUCUAGCUCGAGCAAUAAGAGAAUUCGCAAAACGCCUACGAAGAGGAAAUCGGCGUCGACUCCGACUGUGACGGCCACUAAAGAAGCAGCAACCCCGACCAAAUCACCACGAACCAAGUCCAUUUUCUCGGCGGCCGCAAAUCUAGGUAUCCCACGGCCGUUCACCCUCGAACGGCUUGUGGCGAUCUUAAGGGCGAUUCAUCCGUAUGGUGUGGGUCGUGGCCGAGGUAUGACUGAUCGAAUAUACCGCGAGCUUGGUGAGUUGGAAAAGCUCAGGCUCGUCGUGCGUGCAUCUGGCGCCGGCGGCUCAAUUGCCCCUAGUGAAGAGGCAGCGGACGAGAAGUGGCGGGUGAAUGUAGCUAGAGACUGGGUUGUGGGUAUGGGACAGACUUGGGGCUUGGGUGUCGCCGAGUACGAGUUAGAUCAAGAUGCGUGA